GUUGUGUCAAACGGCAUACAGUUUUCAUCCGACGAGGUUAGAAAGAUAAGAAAACAAACAAUAAUUUCAAUAAAUUGAAGGGUUAAAAUAUUAACGAAACACUUCGUUAUGGUUCGUUUUAAAAACAGAUAUUUUGUAAUCGAAGUAAAUCCAGAUUACAAAGGCAUUGAUAAUUCAUUGGAUUUAAAAGCAUCUUCAUUACAUAAUUCUAUAUUAGAAAUUGUGCAAAAAUUGCAUGGUGAUUUUGGAGUUGCUGCUAUUCGAGCUGGUUUUGUUACAAAAUAUUGCAAUGAAAUGACCCGCAUUGCAAUAAUAAGAGUUCGGCAUGGUCCUCAUAGAUUAGUUGCUAGCUCAUUGCCAUUUAUUACCAAACUAGAAUCGAAACCCAUACAUUUAACAACUUUGUACACAGGAGCAACAAUGAGGCAUUGUUUUGAAUAUAUAAAGAAUCAUCAAAGUGAAUGUUUGAAUAAAAUGUACCAUAAUAUGAAAUAUACUGCUACUUCGGAGGAAGUUCAACAGUUCCAAAUGCAGUUCAUGGAUAUCAAACUCUUGAAUUUUAAACAAAAUGAUUAAUAUGUUUGGUAAUUCUAAAUAGGUUAAAAUUAUGUUUGUGUUAUUAGGAAAGAAAAAUAAGUAUUUUACUUGAUUUUUUCAAAUGUAUGUAAUUUUUUUUUUUAUUUACAAAGCAAUUAAAUAUAGACUAAGCUACUACUUCAGUGGCUGGUUGUUCUCAUUAUUAUUUUGGUGAAAAGGAAAGAUUGUUUGAUACACAGACUAUACAUUUUUGUAUUGAUCAUCUGCCCUCAGCCUAUUGUCAAUAAGCAUUUUCUUAGUAUAUAGCUAAAUUUGGAGAUUAUAUCUAUUUUAUUUGAAAUCACA